AUGAUGGGCUUUGUACGCGUAGAGGAGGAUGGUAAGAAACAGCGCAAACGCUCACUAUCAGCCUCAUCACCAUGCUCUGUAGCAACACCCGGAGGUCGUGCAAGUGCAAAUACCAAAGUAUUCUCCCGCUGGCUCUAUGGCGUUCUACUCAGCGAUACACUGUUGCUAUACUGGCGUCGCACCGACUACAAACGCAAGACGCCACCUCUGGACACGCUCCAGCUUCAGAUGCAGGCAGCUGCUCCUAAUGAGAGCGUCUUUGGCUUUGACAAUGAAUGCCUGUACGUUCGUGUGAAAGAUUCGGGGAGAGUUGUGGCUUUACGUAUCCACCAACGCAAGGAAAUUGUGCGUUGGGUCACGGCACUUUACUAUCAGAGCAUUGGCAAUGAGACGACCGUAAAGGCAGAGCAGAAGGACACACAGUUACAUCAUAGACACGCUGUUGUACCUGCUGAGACAACAGAUACGACCCUCGAGACGCGCAAAAAGAGUGUGUCAUUUCAAGAGGAGCCACAGGUGAGGGUCUUGCCUCAAGAGGCAUAUGAUCCGGCAGAUUUGUUCUACUCGGAGGAUGAUUACGAACAAUUUUUGAUGGAGAGACCUUCGAAUCUCUCGAACCUGAUGAGCACAAUUUAUGCCAAGACAGCGGCCAAGUUGAGAGUGUCCAGGAAGAGGUAA